UCAGCCCUCCUGCAAGAGCUCACUCGUCCUCCUGUUGUCACCUCCACUCGCCUGCCGCCUGACUCCUCCUCAGCAUGUCCACUCUGCUCUGUCUGUCUCUGCUGGCUCUGUCCUCGCUGACCGCUGCGUCUGAUCUGGACUGCGAUGAGUUCCUCAAACCUUCAGAGAAUCGAAGCAAGGUAUCCGGCCGCUGGAUAUUUCAGGUUGGAAUUUCUGACACCGAAGAGCAAAUGGAAUUCCUCAAAUCAAUCAACAGCUCUUGGAUGGAAAUCCAAACUUCCCCUAAAGGUGAAGACUUAAACCUUCACUUUGGAGACAGAAUUGAUGGAAAAUGUAUGUAUGGAACAGCUAACUCCUCUGUUUCAGGAAACUCCACCAGAGUGACAUUUUACUACAAUUCCACCUCACAAGAGGUGUUUGGGAAGCUUCUGGAGUCGUGUCCCGACUGCGCCGUCUGGUCAGACUACAAACUGACAGAGGAAAACGGGAAAACCAAAAAACACAGAAACCUUUACCUGUUCACAAAAACCGGAAAGCUGGAUGACAAAAAUCUAGAGGUUUUCAAGAAGCAGGCUGAAUGCCUCCACUUUUCAACAGACUUUUACUUUCCUGAAACAACUCACCUGUGUCCUGAAGAAAAGGACUCAGAGGAAAAGGCCGAUGAUCAAUGAACACAUCCGAACUGACCCAAACGGUGAAGGAACCAGCAUCCAUGACUAUAGUAUGUUGCAACAAGCCAGCUCCCAGCGUUUCCCGUACAACAAUGACUUAGAGCGUAGAAACCUGCUCCUCAGCUGUUCAUUUUAACAAGUCUGCGGUGAAGUAGAAAGUAUCAAGCAGAUGUCUCAUUUUCUGUCAUAUCUCAGCUGAAAUGUCCUCUUUUCUUUCAUGCCAAUAAAGAUGACUUGCAAAUAA